AAAAAAACAUAUUAGACUGGAAAUGGAAUAGGUAGGCCAGGCUGGCCUCAAGCAUACCUAGCUGUCUUUGAAAGAGUACCAAGUACUCUUAACCUCUAAGCCAUCUCUCCAGCCCCCUUAGUUGGCUCUCUUCAAAGAAAUGAAAGGUUGAGAAGGAAAAUUAGUUGUAUAACAGUAAAGUUAAAAAAAGUUGACCGCAAAUACUGAGAAAUGUUAUAAAUAUACGAAGUUAAUUUGCCAUGUUAGGAUUGUUAACUUGCCUUAAUAACAUCAUUUUACACUAUAAUGUGCAAUUCAAAACAUUCACAAUGUUGAAUGUGAUGUAUAUUAGGGAUAAUAUGAUUCGUGAUUUACGGCUACUUCCCCUGGCUUUCUCACAUAGACAGCAAGUUCUGAUUGGAUAUUUGGUCAGGGGUUAAGAGCACUUGUCCUCUUGCAGAGGAUACUGAAGGAUUUGAUAACCAGCACCCAAAUGGCUCACAACCAUCUAUAACUCCAGUUCCAGGGGAUCUGAUGCCCUCUUCCAACCUUCAAGGGCACCAGGUAGGCAAGUGGUGCAGUGCACAUAAAAUAUAUGUUAGAUUCACAUAAAAUGCUAAAAUUUUUUUAAACAAUUGCAAAAAAAAUACCUUGUUACAGUAAGUUUCAGAGGGUUAUUGCAGGCAGUGGCCCCUUAUAAUUUUGGGUGUUUUGAAAAAGAUCUCUAGUGAGACCCAGACUUGAAUUCCAACCCUGCCUUUGCUUCUGGAACUAGGACAUGGGGAUUGCUCAGAGUACAAAGUCAGCCUGUAUUAUAGAGUAAGUUCUUGAGUAGCCUGUGCUACACUGAGGACCUAUAUCUCAAGGGGGCUUGGGGAAAGCAUAAAGCUGUGCCUGAUAACCUUAAUCCAAUCCUUAGAAUUCUCUUUCCAGAAGGACAGGAUUGGCAUCUUCAAGUGGUCUCUGAUCCCACAUGGGUUUCCUCCUCAGGGUUAGAGAUAGAUUUACCAACACAUGUACAUUAUUAAUAACACUACACAUGCUCAUAUGCAACAUUAUAUAAGUAUUAAUAAGUUUAGUUCACAUUCCAGUAUAUGGGUUUGAUUUUUAAUUGAUUUGUUAUCAUUACUUUGACUUCUAUGAAUACAGGUGCUUGGAGAUAUCAGAAGAGGUGGUCAGAUACCUGUACUUGUAGAAAACAUUGUGUUAAAAUUUCAGUAAUUGCUUGAAAAUUUUGGUUUACACAAUAGAUUUAUUAACAAUGGGCUUAUUUCUACAGAGUGAAAGUAUUGUUUAUGCUUACUAUAAUCAAGUACAAAUUCACUUAUUUUCCCAGUGUUGAGAAUUGAUUCUAGGGUCCCAUGUGGUAAGUUGGAGCUUGCGGGAAUUGUUAUUUAAUGAACUUCUCUGGCUUAAGGCCAUUUUGGAAGGGCCAACUGGAUAUUACCAGUUCUGAGGAAGGAGGGUGGGGAGCACUACUAGUUUAAGUUGGCAAGAGAUAGGUGAGUUUUAGAAAAGGGGGUUGUGGUAUGGGAGCUGAAGGCAGGUUACCCAAGUUGCAGAAAAUAAGUUACCCGAUCGCUUUGGUAGCUGUCCACCGUUUGGCUUUAUCUACUGGGAGAGGUUUCUAUUUUUUUUUAAAUUUUUUCCCUUUUUUUUUGGGGGGGGGGGUUCUAAACACUCAAUUCACUUUGGCCUACCCUAGGUGUGGGCGCUUCGUUGUAAGAAAACUCCUUGUCCCAAUUAUUUGCAGUAGCCAGGAACAUAAAAGUGAAAAACUCACUGUUUUUGCAUGCCCUGUGCAGUCCAUUUAACCAGAAAACAGUGCUCCCGCUGAAGUAAAAUUGUGUUGAUGGUAAUUCACUUUGUAGAAUGAAUAAUAGUAUUUUUUCCUGCUUCUUAUCAUGAUGGUGAUUCCUUUCAAUCUCACUAGGUAGCCCUGGCUCUCGAGUGCUGGGAUUAAAGGCGUGAGUCACCACUCGGCAUUCUACAUUCUCCUAUUUAUAAAGGAAUAUAGAAUGUUAACCAGGACAGAUAGACAGUUAAGUCUUAUUAUAAGGUAGAACUGUGCCUAGGGUAUAAAGGACGCAGACUAACGCUGAGCGAGCCAGAAACACUCAUUGCUCUCAAAGUAGGUGUUUCAACUGUGCGUGGAGGAAGCGGAGCUACAAACUAUUCGCGUCUUGGGCGGGAGCAGCCGGGUCACAAAAAGUGCUCAAGCCACAAUUUCCUUGGUUAGAAACUGAAACUCAACAGCAAGGCAGUUUGCUUGCCCCGCCUACCCCCUGCAGUUCCGGUUCCUGCUCUGAGCUCCACCCCAGUAAGGAAAGGAGUCUUCAGAACCGCAAGCUGCUUUGUGCCGCGUGGGAAAGGCGGGGCCUACGUCAUCUCUAGCGCGACGCUGGACUUCAUCGCUUUGGCUGAGUAGGUAAGGCGGGGCCUCAGACUGGCGCAUGCGCUCAGCCUCCUGAUGGCCAAGGUCUAGGUGUCUUCCUCGCUGACCUGCCGCCCGUCGUGUCUAGCCAUGCUAUGCGGAUCGUGUGCCGGGUUGCUCCGGUCGCUGCGCACCUUGCAGCUCCGGGCACCGGGAUCACUGCCCGCCUGGAGCAGCGCGCGGCUCCCAACCCUUCCGGUAUGGGCGGCCGCGUCGGUUUCGGCGGCCUCUCCGGGUGGCUGGUAUGAGGCCCUGGCAGCGUCGGCGCCCGUGCAUGCGGCGGAGGAAAUGCUGCUGAGCGCGCAGGAGACCACAGGCCUCCCUUGGUGGGGUAACAUCUUACUCAGCACCGUUGUCCUGCGUGGUGCUGUCACUCUGCCCCUGGCCGCCUAUCAACAUUACAUCCUUGCUAAGGUGGAAAACUUGCAACCAGAAAUAAAAGACAUCGCCAAGCGCCUUAACCAAGAAGUUGCAGUCUGUGCACGUCAGUUUGGUUGGUCCAAGAGAGUGGCCAGACUCACUUACCUGAAGAACAUUCGCAGACUUGUGUCGGAGCUGUACGUUCGUGACAACUGCCAUCCUUUCAAAGCCACGGUCCUAGUCUGGGUCCAGCUUCCAAUGUGGGUCUUCAUAUCCGUCGCCCUCCGGAACCUUAGCACAGGGGCCACACAUUCAGACGCAGGCAUUUCUGUUCAGGACCAGUUAGCUGCCGGCGGGACCCUGUGGUUUCCUGACCUCACUGCAGUGGAUUCCACCUGGAUUCUGCCUGUCUCUGUUGGUGUUGUCAACUUACUGAUAGUGGAGAUUUUUGCUCUUCAAAAAAUCGGGAAGUCACGUUUUCAAAUGUAUGUUACGAAUUUUGUUCGAGCCGUCUCGGUGUUGAUGGUCCCAGUGGCUGCCACAGUACCCUCGGCGCUUGUUCUCUACUGGCUGUGCUCCAGCCUCAUGGGCCUCUCUCAGAACCUUCUGCUGCGCUCCCCUGGCUUCCGACAGCUGUGCCGGAUACCACCAAGCAGGUCAGACUCGGAGACCCCGUACAGAGACCUCUCUGCUGCCUUUUGCGCCAAGUUCCUUUCAAGAAAACGAUGAGUUCGCUCCCAGUUCCGUGAAAAAAUUACAGAUGUCACUGUCAGCUUCAUGCACUGAAUUUUGAAGCUUUUAUUUAAAUAUCAUGAAGCACAGUGGGAAAGAUGUAAUUUGGAUGUAUUUGACAUUUAGUAUUAAAAACUAAAUGUUCAGUUGUAAGAGUGUAAAAAUAAGACAGGAUGCCUGGCCUUGUUCAUAAAAAUCAUAGUUUUGCUGAGAACAGGAUUAGAUCCUGUGUAAUCUCUGUGCCCAACUGUCCACAAAUAAAGGUUUAUAAAUUAAA